UAUAAAUUAAACAGCGCCGGGGGGGUCUACUCUUACUCUUACGCUUUCUUUGUAUGUAUAUGUCUAUAUAGACUAUAGACUCAUAGAGAGAGAGAGAGAGAGAGAGAUUGGAAAUGAAGCAGUUUGAACAAGAAUAAUCUCUGGCAGCAGCAGCUUCACUUCACACCCAGCAGCGAUCGAGCGCCUAAUUUGUUCCAUCCAUCAGCGGUCAGCGGUCAGCGGUCAGCGGUCAGCGGCCGGUACGUGAAUAGAUUAGACGGAGUGUCUCAACCUGCUGCACAUGGACAUGGAUCAACAUUGGAUCUCAUCAACUCUCAACAUCCAAUCCACUUCCACACAACAACAACAACAAGUGACGACAAUAUCGAUGGAAACCUCAUUAUUGGAUCAUCAAUAUCUCAACAACAAUAAAGAACAAGAGGAAGAAGAUGAACAACAUCAUCAGCGCCAGCUUCCUUGUGAGAUUGUAGAGGAAAUCCUCUUGCAGCUGCCGGUGAAUUCGCUGCUUCGCUUCAGAUGCGUAUGCAAGCCAUGGCUUGCUCUCAUCUCCGACCCAAAAUUCAUCAAGUCACACCUCCACAACCACUCUCCAAAACAAGAUGAGGGUGAUGAUGUUGAUGAUGGUAAAACUAGAUCAUCAAAAGCACUAGUCAUGCUCUCCUCCUCCUUGUCCCUCCUUAAGUCGGUACAUGUACAAGUACUCGAUACUAGAAUUGAAGCCGGAUCAGCAGAGGCAGAUGCAGCUGGAGCAGCUCGCACAACUAGUACUAGAGUAGUAGUCGUGGAGGAGGUACAUGAGUCCCCGAUGAGGCACCAGGCAGUUCAAGACAUGAAGAUUGUUGGAUCUUGUAAUGGCCUCUUAUGUUUGGUGCUUCACUCUCAAGAUAUGAUGAUUUAUAAUCCAUCCACCAGGCAACUUCAACCAGUACCACCUCCACCUCCACCUCCACCGCCAACCAAUAAUUAUUAUUCCGGUAAGGACUACUUCUAUGGCUUUGGCUAUGAUUCCAGCAACGACGAUUACAAAAUCGUGAGGGCCUCUUGUUCCAGUAGGAAUGGCAAUUUCGCCACCCACCUUGACAUGUAUAAUUUGAACACCAAUUCAUGGAGAGCUGCCAUCAAAACCCUCCCUUGUUACUUUCUGUCUAAUGUGGUGGGCACCCUAUUGAACGGGGCUCUCCACUGGGUCGUCCGGCUUGCUGCUGCUGAGAGGCCUUUCUCAAUCGUUUCUUUUGAUGUAACGGAGGAGACGUACCGAUACGUGCCCCUGCCAGGCGAGGGCGACAAGAACUUCUCCUUCUAUGGUUUGGGGGUUUUGGGAGGAUGCCUGAGUAUGCUUCACAGCCCCCAUGGCUCGGAUUAUGAGGUGUGGUUGAUGAAUGAAUACGGGGUGAAGGCGUCUUGGACUAUUUUCACAACCAUUCCGCAGAAGAUGGAGUCUGAAUACCUGGGAUUGAUGUCGCUUGUGCGUAUCUUAAACAACGGUGAAAUUGUCAUCCUGUUGCAUCAAAGGAAGCUAGUCAUCUACAAUCCGGGGCACAGAACACUUCGAACCAUACUCUCUGGGGAUAUUCAUUCUUCUCAACUGGCUUUAUACCUGGAGACUCUAGUUUCGCCCUCUGCCGCUCCCACCAUCAAAACAUACUCAUCAUCAAUCACUCCACUCAAUCAAGCUAAAGCUAGCCCCUGAUGAGGAAUUACUUGAUUAUAUAUAUAUAUAUAUAUAUAUAUAUAUAUAUCAAUAACCACAGCAAUGCAAGAAAAGUAAGAAGAAGAAGAUGAGCUCAUGUCAUGUAAUUUAUAUUUAUGUAUCGUUACUCCGACGCCGAUCCGAUCUUUGUAAUUAUACAUGACCUCUAUUCUGUUAUGUUAUAUCAUAUAUCAUGUAUCUUCUUCACUUAAUCA